GGAUGUUGAUACCUACCCCAUAAUUAGUGGCGCCCAUGUAAAACAGAAUUCGCAGGUGAGGACAACGAACUGACUGUUAACACGAACAACCAUGUCUUCAGAAGGUUAUUAUAUCGGCAUCGACGUCGGAACGGGCUCUGUACGUGCAGGCCUUGUUAAACCCGACGGAUCCAUCGCAGCGAUCUCCACGGAGGCCACCCAGACCUUUCGUGAUCCUGAUGAUCAUCGUAUCUUCGAGCAAUCCACAACAGACAUCUGGAAUGGGAUUGGCAAGACAAUCAAGACCGUACUCAAAGAGGCCAACGUCACUCCGGAACAAGUCAAAGGACUUGGAUUUGAUGCAACAUGUUCUCUAGCCGUGACAGAUACGAACGGCGAUCCAGUCGUAGUCACUGGUGGCGCCGAUCUUGGCCAGAACGGCGAUCGCAAUAUCAUCCUUUGGGCUGAUCACCGUGCAGAGGAAGAGGCCAAUCUAAUCAAUGGCACUGGAUCUAAAGUGCUUGAUUAUGUCGGCGGAGUCAUGAGUUUGGAAAUGGAGAUCCCAAAGACCCUCUGGCUCAAACGUCGCAUGAAACCCGAGCUCUUUUCUCGCUGCCAAUUCUUUGAUCUCCCGGACUUCCUCAGCUAUCGUGCGACUGGAGACAAUACACGUUCUACCUGCUCUGUCACUUGCAAAUGUUCUUACGUUCCGGACCUCGGAUGGCAGCCGGAUUUCUUCACCAAGAUUGGUCUGAAGGAAUUCGUAGAUAACAACUACAAGCAAAUAGGUGGUGCGGAUGGUAAUAUACUAACGGCUGGACUGCCUGUGGGACAUGGGCUGUCGAAACGUGCAGCAGAGGAACUUGGUCUUUUGCCCGGAACUCCUGUAGGAAGUGCUGUUAUCGAUGCCUAUGCAGGAUGGCUUGGUACCGUCGCAGCUCGGUUCACUGAGAAUGGCAAGCUAUCCGAUUUUGUUCCUUCGCUUAACGAAUCGAGACAUCGUCUGGCUGCGUGCGCUGGCACUAGUACAUGUCACAUCGUCCAAAGCAAAGAGGGCGUAUUUGUCAACGGCGUAUGGGGACCAUACAAGGGUGCAGUCUUUCCGGGAUGGUGGAUGAACGAAGGUGGUCAAUCCUCAACCGGUCAACUUAUCGACUUCAUGAUCAAAACGCAUCCUGCGCAUGGUCAACUGCAACAACUCGCUCAGGACAAGAACACGAGCAUCCAUGAGGUUUUGCAUAAGGAACUCCAUAAGCUGUGCGCCGAGUACAAGGUUGAGAGUUUCACUGAAUUGACAAAGGAUAUGCACUUCUAUCCGGACCUUCACGGCAAUCGUUCACCAAUCGCGGAUCCUCGCAUGCGAGGUUCACUCGUCGGUCUCGCUCUAGACGAUGGCCUCUCCGACCUUGCUCGCAAAUAUAAUCUAACGCUCGAGGCGAUCGCCCUCCAGACGCGUCACAUCGUCGAUGAAAUGAACUCCAAGGGGCAUGCCAUCCAGAGUAUCUAUAUGUCUGGCGGGCAAGCCAAGAACUCACAUUUGAUGCAACUUUUCGCCGAUACCAUCGGCAUACCUGUUGUUCUUCCAAAAAGUAGCGGGGCUGCAGUCGUUCUGGGAGCGGCUAUGCUUGGAAGAUUCGCCAGUGAGGCGGGUAAGGUGGGCAAGUUGACCGAAGAGGAACAGUGCGAGGCACUGUGGAAUAUCAUGGUAUAUAUAUAUAUAUUUAAUGAACGGGCUCGCCGAGGCGUGUUGCUGAAAUUGCAUGCAGGUAGACAUGACGCCUACGGGUGCGCUGGUCGCACCGGCCGCAAGCCCCAAGGAGAAGCGGUUGCUUGAAGCGAAGUACAAGAUCUUCAGGGAGAGCAUCGAGAUUCAGAAGAGGUGGAGGCAGGAGAUGGAGGAAGCUGCCAAGUAAACUCAAACAGAUGCUUGCGAUGGUAACCGAGGAGUGCAUCAUAGAGAAUUUCGCACGGAAUAUCUGUUUUGUGGAAGGGGCAGUGUAAUAUACAGAAUAUAGAGCUAUGUAGACUGCAAUGUUUGCUUUGCUGCCGCUAUAUAAGCGUGUAUUGAAAAGGCGGUCAUGGUCUGACUGCUAGACAAGACAGUCCAAUUCCAAUAAAUUAUUUCAUAGAAUGCCGUUUAAGGCAGCAAAUUAUCGGUUGUCCGAGCCGUCCUUCAUGCCUAAAGGCGUGGCUACCGUAAGGUCUAAGAGGGGGUGGCGUGCUUGGUACUGGUCCCUCGCCAAAAAUACAAACGAUGCGCCCUCAACGGGUAUUA